AUGUAUAGAACUAAUUUACAGUAUAGAAAUAAACAAAAACAGAAAUCUAGUAAUAAAUAUCACCAGAAUACUAAUUAUAGAGUCAAAGUAAACAAACUGAGAAAUAAAAGACGAAUUACCAAAAGAAAAGAAAUGAGUAGUAUUGAUAAAGUUAUUAAU